CCCCCGCAAGAUGUGAACCCUGCACGCGGGAUUCGAGCUGAGGCAGUAUCUCGGGUGAGGAGCGGAGACCCCCUCCCCCAGCCCCCGCGCUCCCUCCCCCACCCCCCUCCGCGGUGUCCCCGGCCCCCCGGCCCCGGAUCCGGCCCCAGGGCGAGGCGGCUGGCGCGCGCUGCGCCCUCACCCCAGUUGAGCGCGCCCCGAGCCGCCUCGGAGUGCCGGUCCCGGGGGCAGAGCUCGCUGCUGGCAGGAGGCGCGCGGGGAGAAAGCGGCUGUCAUGCCCUACUGAUUGUCCUCCGCCCCCCGCCCCUCCCCCCCCUCCCCCGAAAGUAUGUUUGGCCUGGAUCAGUUUGAGCCUCCGAUCAAUAACAGAAACGCUGGCCAAGGCGACAGAAACUUUGGCGAACCCGGCCUGAAUAUGAACGGCCACUUCAAAGCCCCCGCUUUCCACGCGGGGGGGCCGGCGGACCCGAGCAUCGGCGCCCUGGGCGAGCCCCCUCUCCUGGGGAUGAACAUGGGCAUGGCCGGGGAGCCCUACGCCUUCCACGGGCGCGGCCACUCGGAGCUGCACGCCGGGGGCUUGCAGCCGCAGCCGGUGCACGGCUUCUUCGGCGGCCAGCAGCCUCACCACGGCCACCCCGGCGGCCACCAUCCUCACCAGCACCACCCCCACUUCGGCGGCAACUUCGCAGGCCCGGAUCCCGGCGCCUCCUGCCUGCACGGGGGCCGCCUCUUGGGCUACGGCGGCGGCGGGGGCGGCCUGGGCAGCCAGCCCGGCUUCGCCGAGGGCUACGAGCACAUGGCGGACACCCAGGGGGGCGAAGGUUUCGGGCAGCAGAGGCCCGGCAACAUCCCCGAGUUCCAACACCACGGCUCGGGCCCCUCGGGCCACGCGGUUCCCGCCCCGUGCCUCCCGCUGGAUCAGUCCCCCAACCGGGCGGCCUCCUUCCACGGCCUCCCGGCCUCUAGCAGCUCCGACUCGCACAGCCUGGAGGCCCGCAGGAUGGCCAACCAAGGGGGCGUCGAGUCCCUGGAAUACAAUUACCCCGGCGACGGGCCCUCGGGACACUUCGAUCUGCCCGUGUUUUCGCCCUCGGACUCCGAGGGCCAGCUGCCUCACUACGGGAGCGGCAGACAGGUGCCCGGGGGCGCCUUCCCCGGAGCCGCGGCCCUGCCCAGAGCCCCGGGCAUGGUGGCUAUGUCCAAGAUUCACCCGCAGCAGCCGCCGCCGCCGCCGCCGCCGCCGCCGCCGCAGCCGCAGCACGGCGGCGGAGUCUUCUUCGAGAGGUUUGGAGGGGCCCGGAAGAUGGCAGUGGGCAUGGAAGCCGGGGUGAACGCGGCCAGGCACCCCUUAAUGCCACAGGCCCCGCAGCCGCCCCAGCCGCAGCCCCCGCCUCCCCAGCCGCAGCCGCCGCCGCCGCCGCCGCCCCCGCAGCAGCAGCAGCAGCAGCAGCAGCCCGGCUUGCUGGCCAGACAAAACUCUUGCCCCCCGACCAUCCCCCGGCAGCCCCAGGCGGACGCCACCCCGGCGGGCGGCAGCUUGCAGGACGGCGGGCCCAUCCUUCCGAACCAGCACGCGCAGUUCGAGUACCCCAUCCACAGACUGGAGAACAGGAGCAUGCACCCCUAUUCCGACCCGGUGUUCACCAUGCAGCACCCGCCGCCUCCCCCUGCCCCUCAGCAGCCGCCGCCGCAGGCGCCGAACCAGAGGCUGCAGCACUUCGAUGCCCCCUACAUGAACGUGGCCAAGAGGGCGAGGUUCGACUUCCCGGGCACCCCGAGCGUGGACCGCUGCGCCUCGUGGAACGGGAGCCUGCACAGCGGAGCGCUGGACAACCACCUGUCCCCUUCGGCCUACCCGGGCCUGCCGGGGGACUUCACCCCCCCGGUGCCCGACGCCUUCCCCCCGGGCCCGGCCCUGCAGCAUCCCGGCCCGGACCCCCAGGCCUUGCAGCAGCAGCAGCAACAGCAGCAGCAGCAGCAGCAGCAGCAGCAGCAGCAACGCCAGAACGCGGCCCUCAUGAUGAAGCAGAUGGCGUCCCGCACCCAGCAGCAGCAGCAGCAGCAGCAGCAACAGCAGCAGCAGCAGCAGCGGCUGCGCCAGCCCGGCCUGCCGCCGCUCGGCCACCCCGGGGACGUGGGGCCGGCCGGCGGCCUGGUGCACGGGGGCCCGGUGGCCGGCCUGGCCCAGGCCAGCUUUGAGCGGGAGGGCGGCGGGGGCGGCGGGGGCGGCGGCGGGGGCUCCGGCGGCGGCGGGGGCGGGGGCGCCCGCCUGGGGAACUUCGACCCGCAGAACCCGCACUUGGCACAAGAGAGCGCCUGGUUCCCCGGACCCCACCCGCCGCCUCCGCCCCCCGGAGACCUCCUGCCUCGCAGGCUGGGUGGCUCCAACCUGCCUCCCGACGGGAGCCCCCACGAACUGGGCCUGGCGCAGGGGGGCUCCGGGAUGCUCUUCCGGGGACCGGGGGUGGCCGGGCUGGGGUUGCAAGAGUCGCUGAGGAUGCCCGGCGAGGGCCACGUGCCCGCCUCCCCCCCGGGGCCACUCCCGUUGGGGCGCCUGGGCGGCCUCGGCAGCUGACCCCGGGCCGGGUGGGCCUGCUCCGCCCGGGACCGCGGGCCCCUCCCCCGACUUGGGCGCCGCCCUGGGGCCAGCCCGCUUCCCGUUCCCGGGGGACCGCCGGCGGCCACCCCGCUAGUAACCCGGGGGCGCCCCGGCGGCGGGGCGGCCGGGGGGCGGGCGGCGGCGGGGCCACCUCCGGGCCCACCAGCCCAGCCAGCGGCCUCGCCAGCAAGUGGGCCCGGCCUGGGCUCCUUCAACAAGCCCAACGGACAACCUUGCCGAGGCCUGGCCGCCUUCCACCGGGCCUGCCAAAACAUGAUCGCCAGCCUCGGGGCCCCCAACCUCAACGUGACCUUCAACAAGAAGAACCAGCCCGAGAGCAAGAGGAAACUGAGCCAGACCGCGCGGGCGGCGGGCCGGGUGGCGGGCGGCGGCGGGGCGGGCCGGGAGUUGGGCCCGGUUUUCCCGGCGGGCGGCCCGGGGGCCGGGCCCGGGCCCGGGAGGGGACCAGCGGGCGGAGGCCAAAGCCCCGGGCCCUAACCCCGCCCCGCCCCAGGGGCCAAUCUCCCCAACUACACCAUCGAGGGCACGCCGGGAACGCGAAACCCGGGUGCCCCGGGAGGGGGCGGGCCGGGCCGCAAAAAGGGACAGCCCAGGAGUCCCGGGACCUUCUUGCGCCCUCCGCCGCCGCCGCCGGCGGCGGGGCCGGGCCGGGAGCCGGGAGCACAGGCGGCGCGGGCCCCUCCGGGCCGGAGUUUGGGGGGCCCGGGCCCCCACCCCCACGCCCCCACCUCCCCGUCUUGGGGCAAAGGGGCCGAGCUGCUGUUGGGCGACCAAGCCGACCUCAUGUCGUCCCUGGACAGCGGCAUCCAGAGCGGGGCCAAGUCGGCGGGCAGCUCCCCGCCGGGGGACCCCCGCGAAAUAGCCUGGCUCCAACCCAGGACCAGGUUCGCCAGCUCCGACAACGCGGCCCCGGCCCUGGCCAAGGCCAGCCGCAGCCCCCUGGUCACCGGCUCCCCGAAGAUGCCGCGGGGCCCCGCCGGGGAGCACGGACAGAAAGCGGCCCCCGGCCUGGGCGGCCUCCUCACUACCUCUACCUCGACCCCGGACAGCUACGGCCUGAGCAGCAGCAGCGGGGCGGCCCACCCGGGCACGCCGGGCCUCGAGCAGGUCCGCACCCCGACGAGCAGCACGUCCCCGCAGGACGAGAUCCACCCGCUCGAGAUCCUCCAGGCGCAGAUCCAGCUGCAGGCGCGUUCCAUCUCAGAGGACCAGCCUCUGGGGCCCAAGGGCGGGGCGGGGGGCGGCGGCGGCGGCAAGAAGGCCGAGUGCGCGGGGGGCCAGAACGGAGACAGCGAGCUGGGCGCUUGCUGCCCCGAGGCCGUCAAGAGCGCCAUGAGCACCAUAGACCUGGACUCCCUGAUGGCCGAGCACAGCUCCACCUGGUACAUGCCCGGCGAGAAGGCUUUGCUGGACGGCCCCGAGGAUGACAAGACGCUGGCGCCCUGGGAGAAGUCCAAGCCCCAGAAUCCAGGCGGCAAAGAAGGCCACGAGCUCCCCCCGAACAAGACGUCGGCGGCGGCGCAGACCGGCAGCCAUCUGCAGUGCCUCUCCGUCCACUGCACGGACGACGUGGGCGAGGCGAAGGGCAGGACCUCGGUGCCCACGUGGAGAUCCCUGCACUCGGACAUCUCCAACAGAUUCGGGACUUUCGUGGCGGCGCUGACCUGAAGCGCGGCGGACGGAUCGGGGCCCCCGCCCCCGGCCCCCCUCCCCGCGCCCCUCCCCCGCCCGUCCCCGCGCCCCGCCCCCGCCCCCCCUUUUAAUUUGCGAGGGCCGCUCCCGCUGGGUGAACUCUUCCCCCCCUAGGUUGGUCCCUGCUUCGUGGCGUACGGACUGGAAAGGGUUAAUUUAAAGUCAACCUCGGUUUUUUUAAUCGUCUGCCACAGUAUGUUACCGGUGUUAACCCUUCUGCAGUUAGCACACUUUGGCUUAAGUUUUUUCCUGCUAGAGAUUUCUUUCCCGUUAUUCUGUAAUCUUGACAUACACCUUUAGAUGAAGGCUCCCCCAUUUCAUCUUUCUAUGUGUCUGAGUGGUGUAUGUCAUAAUAAGAAAAAAAGACUUUGCUCCCUCCUUCUCUCUCUCUCUCUCUCUC